CAACACCUCUCCCCCUCUCUCCACUCCGCGCCUCUCCCUUACGGUCCCGGUAAUUCCAUCGAAGCGCCCACCCAGAUACCCAAUUCCUACCCAGAACAGCCCACCAUGAGAGAAGUCAUCAGCUUGAACGUCGGCCAGGCCGGUUGCCAGAUCGCAAACUCGUGCUGGGAGCUCUACUGCCUCGAGCACGGUAUCCAGCCCGACGGUUACCUCACCGAGGAACGCAAAGCUGAGGAGGAGGACCAUGGCUUCAGCACCUUCUUCUCCGAGACUGGCCAGGGAAAGUACGUCCCUCGCACCAUCUACUGCGAUCUCGAGCCCAACGUCGUCGAUGAGGUCCGCACCGGCACAUACCGCUCCCUGUUCCAUCCCGAGCAGAUGAUCACUGGAAAGGAGGAUGCCUCAAACAACUACGCUCGUGGCCACUACACCGUCGGAAAGGAGCUCAUCGACCAGGUCCUUGACAAGGUCCGCCGCGUUGCUGACAACUGCUCUGGUCUCCAGGGUUUCCUCGUUUUCCACUCCUUCGGUGGUGGAACUGGUUCCGGUUUCGGUGCCCUGUUGAUGGAGCGUUUGUCAGUCGACUAUGGCAAGAAGUGCAAGCUGGAGUUCUGUGUCUACCCGGCACCGCAGGUCGCCACCUCAGUGGUCGAGCCUUACAACUCCAUUCUCACAACUCACACCACCCUGGAGCACUCUGACUGCUCCUUCAUGGUCGAUAACGAAGCUAUCUACGACAUUUGCCGCCGUAACUUGGGCAUUGAGCGUCCCAACUACGAGAACCUCAACCGCUUGAUCGCACAGGUUGUCUCUUCGAUCACCGCCUCGCUCCGAUUUGAUGGUUCCCUGAACGUCGACCUCAACGAGUUCCAGACCAACUUGGUGCCGUACCCGCGUAUCCACUUCCCUCUCGUCGCCUACUCCCCGGUCAUCUCCGCCGCGAAGGCCGCCCACGAGGCCAACUCCGUCAUGGAGAUCACCAACGCCUGCUUCGAGCCCAACCACCAGAUGGUCAAGUGCGACCCACGCAACGGAAAGUACAUGGCUACCUGCCUUCUGUACCGUGGCGACGUUGUCACCAAGAGCACUCACGAUGCCAUUGCCCAUCUCAAGACCAAGCGCACCAUCCAGUUCGUCGACUGGUGCCCGACCGGUUUCAAGGUCGGUAUCUGCUACCAGCCCCCGCAGACCGUCCCCAACGGCGACUUGGCCAAGGUCAACCGUGCCGUGUGCAUGCUUUCCAACACGACCGCCAUCGCCGAGGCAUGGAGCGCGCUUUCGCACAAGUUCGAUCUCAUGUACUCCAAGCGUGCUUUCGUCCACUGGUAUGUCGGUGAGGGUAUGGAGGAGGGUGAGUUCUCUGAGGCACGUGAGGACUUGGCUGCUCUCGAGCGUGAUUACGAGGAGGUCGCCGCCGAUAGUCUCGAGGGCGAUGAGGGCGUUGAGGCGGAGUACUAGACGUUUUGACCGCGUGCGAAGGGCGCGAGCUUGUACAUUGACGCAGCGAAAAUGCAAGCGGACUUGUUGAGACUUUCGUCUACCAAGAUAUGACUUGACAGGUUGUGGGUACUCUCCUGGAGAGAUACAUUUUGAGCGGGUUGACAGGACUCUUCUUGAUUGAUCGUGUUUAAUGCUUUAAUCGACCAAAUUUCUUCGAACUCAGGUUUUGUCUCUUACUCUUGCUAGUGCUCGCGUGUCCAGUUUUGGAGAAAAGCAAGUAGAAACAUUCAAGUGGAACCC